UUCAUUUCAUUUGCUUUCCGGUUACCGCCCAAAGACACUUUGGAGUGCGAUGCUCCUAAAACCCCAGGUGGAAGAACAUCUGUUGAUUCCAAAACCCUUCGGGGCAGAGCUUCUCUAUCGAUUCAGAGAGGAGCAUUUUGCAAUUCAUGGCUUCCGUUGAUUCGGGUUCUUCACCCUUGAUUCCACUAGAAGACGCCGGCGAAGGAGAGCAAAUUGUAAGGAAUGAUUUCUACUUCCAAAAGAUCGGCAAACCUGUUCCCGUCAAGCUCGGCGACUCCAUUUUUGAUCCCGAAAGUCCUCCCUCUCAACCCAUUGCUCUUUCAGAGAGUUCCGGUCUCAUCUUCGUUGCCCAUUUGUCUGGUUUUUUUGUGGUGAGGAUCAAGGAUGUAAUUGCUUCGGCCCAGGAGAUAAAAAAUGGGGGAACUUGUUCUUCUGUCCAGGAUUUAAGCAUUGUGGAUGUUUCCAUUGGAAAAGUUCACAUUCUAGCAGUUUCCACUGACAACUCCGUUCUUGCUGCCGUCGUAGCUGGUGAUGUUCAUAUUUUCUCAGUCCAGUCGCUGCUUGAUAAGGCAGAAAAACCCUAUUCUUCUUGUUCAAUAACUGAUUCCAGUUUUAUUAAAGACUUCAAAUGGACCAGAAAGUUGGAAAAUACUUAUCUGGUUCUUUCAAAGCAUGGACAGUUAUAUCAAGGAUCGGUGAAUGGGCCUCUUACACAUGUAAUGCACGAUAUCGAUGCUGUUGAAUGCAGUGUGAAAGGGAAAUUCAUUGCUGUGGCUAAAAAGGACACUCUUACCAUUUUCUCGCACAGAUUCAAAGAACGACUUUCCAUGUCACUCUUGCCGAGUUUAGGGAAUGGUGAAACUGAUACAGACUUUACAGUGAAGGUUGACUGUAUCAAGUGGGUCCGUGCUGAUUGUAUCAUCAUAGGAUGCUUUCAAGUGACUGCAACAGGCGAUGAAGAAGAUUACCUUGUUCUAGUUAUCAAAAGUAAAGAUGGAAAAAUCACUGACGUUUCUUCAAACAAAGUUUUGUUAUCAUUCUGUGAUAUACAUUCAGGUUUCACUCGUGACAUUUUGCCUGGUGAAAGUGGGCCUUGUUUAUUGUUGAGCUAUUUGGAUACAUGCAAGCUCGCAAUUGUUGCAAAUAGGCUCUAUGUGGAAGAUCAUAUUGCAUUGCUUGGUUUGUUGCUAGAGGUUGAGAAUGAAGUUGCAGUUGUUAAUAUUGAUAGGAAUACCUCUCUCCCGAAGAUUGAGCUUCAAGCGAAUGGAGAUGAUAAUUUGGUUAUGGGGCUGUGUGUUGAUCGAGUUUCUCUUCCUGGGAAGGUGAUUGUUAAGGUUGGAUUUGAAGAUAUGAGAGAAGUCUCUCCAUAUUGCAUUCUCGUGUGUCUUACUUUAGAGGGAGAGCUCAUUAUGUUUCAAUUUUCUAGUGUCAACGAAACUGAAGCUCCACAUGAGACUGUUUCUGCUUGUGAUGAUGAGGAAGAUGAUAUAACAGUGCCCACUGAUGAUCGUUCUGAAUCAAAGAAAGAGUCUAGAGAAGCAAACGUAGAUCUUAAGAUGCAAGUUACGGAAAAAAUCACAAUCAGUAGUGAGAUUCCUAGGGAAAAAGUUAAAACUUCAAAUGACAUUAAGUCUUCUAAUAAUGAUCGAAGUCCAGUAUCUAACAUAGAUGAGAGUGCAAUUGUUAGCCCAGAGGGUAAUACUAAAAGUCAGAAAGUGGAUUCUUUCAUUCAUUCACAAUCAUUGAAGUCUUCGGCCCCGGAGAGACCACCUAACAAUGAGAUUGGGAAUUUUGAUAAGCCAGUUCUAAAAUUUACCGGUCUUGGGUCUGUUUCUAUUUCAGGGAAACCUGAGGAUGUGCCUAGCCAGCCCUUUCCCAAUGUAAAAGAAUCCCAGAAAAGAUUGGGGUCGACUGGCUUGGUGGCUGCUUCUGAGUUAUCCAGUGAGAAAACAAUGUUUUUUAAAAAAAUUGAUCCAGUAUCUUCAGUCUUAACCUCAAAUUCUCUUCAAAGCAGCAACACUGAGAAUUAUGGACCAAGUUUUGGUACAGCAAAUGCUUUUACAGGCUUUGCUGGAAAACCUUUUCAACCAAAGGAUGUUCCAAGUACAUUAACACAAAGUGGGAGACAAGUAACAGGAGGUGCUGGAAAAAUUGAAUCUUUACCAGUGAUACGUAGCUCACAAAUAUCAUUGCAAGAUAAGUUCUCGUCGGGGAAAAUUUCUAAUGAGAAACAUGACGGUUCAGAGCGAUAUUACAGCAAUUCCCCCCUGGCAAAACCAAUGAAGGAAAUGUGUGAAGGAUUGGACACACUUCUCGAAUCUAUUGAAGAGUCGGGUGGGUUCAUGGAUGCCUGCACUGCUUUCCAGAAAAGCUCCGUUGAAGCUUUGGAGCUUGGCUUAGCCAGCCUUUCAGAUGAAUGCCAAAUAUGGAGGAGCACAAUGAAUGAGCGUGUGCAGGAGGUACAGAAUCUCUUUGACAAAAUGGUACAAGUUUAUUUGGUUUCAGUUUUGUCAAAGAAGACAUACAUUGAAGGUAUUGUGAUGCAAGCUUCUGACAGCAAGUAUUGGGAACAAUGGGAUCGUCAAAAGUUAAGUUCAGAAUUAGAGCUAAAGAGACAACAUAUCUUAAAGAUGAAUCAGAAUAUAACUAACCAGUUAAUUGAGUUAGAAAGACAUUUUAAUGGUCUUGAGCUGAAUAAGUUUGGUGGAAAUGAGGAAAGUCAAGUAAGUGAAAGAGCUCUUCAAAGGAAAUUUGGUUCGUCAAGGCAUAGUCAUUCACUACAUAGUUUGAAUAACAUUAUGGGGUCUCAAUUAGCAACAGCUCAACUUCUUUCUGAAAGUCUAUCAAAACAAUUGGCUGCACUCAAUAUGGAAUCACCCCCUUUGAAAAGGCAGAGUGCCACAAAGGAAUUGUUCGAGACUAUUGGACUUACUUAUGAUGCUUCUUUCAGUUCUCCAAAUGUGAACAAAAUUGCAGAUACUUCUAGCAAGAAGCUUUUACUUUCUUCUGAUUCUUUUUCAAGUAAAGGUACAUCGAGAAGAAAACAGCAGAGUGGAACUAAAAAUUCUGAAGCAGAGACUGGGAGAAGGAGAAGAGAUUCACUUGACAGGAACCUUGCUAGUGUCGACCCUCCAAAAACAACUGUCAAGAGGAUGCUUUUGCAAGGAACUCCUUCCUCUGAGGAGAAACAAUUUCGUUCUCGCACACCUGAAGGGGCUGCAACUGUUGAACGGCCUGCUAGUCGCAUAACAUCAUCCAUCUCAUCGUCAUCCAAAAAUGCAGGACAUGACUCUGAGAACCCAGCAACUCCUUUUAUGUGGGCUAGCGUUUUACAACCAUCUAAUACCUCUAGACAGAAAUCUCUACCUUUGCAAAAAACCAAUGCGACAGCACCAUCUCCACCUCCAGUAUUCCAAUCAUCACAUGAUAUGCUGAAAAAAAAUAAUAAUGCAGCUCACAGUGCGACUUCAGAAAACAAAUUUACGGACAUGGCAUGUCCUGAAAAGUCAAAAGCUUCUGAUUUCUUCUCAGCCACUAGGAGCGACUCUGUCCAGAAAUCUAAGAUAAACGUUGAUCAGAAAUCAUCCAUCUUUACGAUAUCAUCUAAGCAGACGCCCCCACCGGAAGAUUCUAUUGGUACCUCUAAUGUGGACAAUCAGAAGACUGCUAACGUAAAGGAGAGGCAUACAACUACAAGUCAACUUUUUGGAUCUGCAAAUAAACCCGAAUCUCCAUUUGUUGGUACGAUGCCUUCUCUGGUUCCUACUGUUGAUGGAGCAAGAAAGACUGAAGAAAAAAAAUCAGUGACAACAAUUUCACAAUCAGUUUCAGCACCGGCACCGUUAAAUACUUCUUCAAGUGCAUCGACUUUAUUUUCAGGAUUUGCUGUAAGCAAAUCUCUUCCAAGUUCUGCUGCUGUUGCUGCUGUUGUAGAUCUCAAUCAACCUCAGUCGACAUCAACCCAAUUGAACUUCUCUCCGGUUGUUUCUGGUUCUAAUUCCCUAUUUCAGGCACCUAAGGUACCAACAUCACCUACUCUAUCUUCUUUGAAUCCUACAAUGGAGUCCUCGAAAACAGAGCUAUCGGUUCUGAAAUCAAAUGAUGAUGCUGAAAAGCAAACACUAUCUUCGAAGCCUGGGUCUCAUGAACUGAAAUUUCAACCUUCUAUAACACCUGCAGACAAAAAUCAUGUAGAGCCAACUUCUAAAACCCAGACUGUUUUCAAAGACGUUGGAGGACAGGUUCCAAAUGUAGUAGGGGAUGCUCAAGCACAACAGCCAUCUGUUGCUUUUGCUUCAAUACCUUCACAAAACUUAACUUCUAAGAUUUUUGCAAAUAGUAGAAAUGAAACUUCAAAUGCAGUGGUUACUCAGGACGAUGAUAUGGAUGAGGAGGCUCCAGAGACGAAUAACAAUGUUGAGUUUAAUUUGAGCAGCUUGGGAGGAUUUGGAAAUAGCUCUACCCCUAUAUCAGGUGCUCCUAAACCAAAUCCAUUUGGUGGUCCAUUUGGUAAUGUGAAUGCAGCCUCAGUGACCACUUCCUUUAAUAUGGCAUCUCCUCCAAGUGGAGAGCUGUUUCGGCCUGCAUCAUUUAGCUUCCAAUCUCCAUUGGCUUCACAAGCAGCUUCACAACCCACAAAUUCAGUUGCAUUCUCUGGUGCCUUUGGCUCUGCAGUGGCUACUCAAGCCCCUCCGCAAGGUGGGUUCGGUCAGCCUGCUCAGAUUGGAGUAGGGCAGCAAGCACUUGGUAAUGUUCUUGGUUCAUUUGGACAAUCAAGACAGCUUGGUCCUACUCUCCCUGGAACUGGUUCAGGAUCCCCUGGGGGUUUUAGUGGUGGCUUUACGAAUGCAAAACCGGUUGGAGUUGGUGGUUUUGCAGGUGUCGGUUCCGGAGGUGGUGGCGGUUUUGGAGGUGUUGGUGGUUUUGCUGGUGCAGCCUCAACCGGUGGAGGAUUUGCCGGUGCUUCCUCUACGACAGGAGGUUUUGCAGGUGCUGCAGGUGGAGGCUUUGGAGGGACUGCAGGUGGAUUUGGGGCAUUCGGCAGCCAGCAAGUAAGCGGCGGCGGUUUCUCUGCUUUUGGUACUGCUGCUGCUGGUGGAGCAAGUGUGACUGGAAAACCUCCUGAGCUUUUCACCCAGAUUAGAAAGUAGAGUUUAUAUCCACUCUUUGUUGAUUGGGUUCAUAAGCAUUGAGUAGAAUGUAGAUUAUUUUUGUUGUAGCACCUUUUUUCAGUUUUUAACUCACUUUUUGGGUCUUAGAAAGCCUUCACAUUAUUGAUUAAGGCAUAUAUAUAUAUAUAUGUUUUUUCCCCCUUUCAA